GAGCAGCCGCUCCGGACCCUGCAGCACUCAGUCGGUGGGUCUCCCGGCGCUACGCCAAGCCGUGCCCGUGUGCGCACCGUGCGGCCAGGAUGCGGACUUCUGCGGCCGUGAGCUGCUGCGUGCUCGUGCUGCACUCUUUGUGCACGCUGUGCAUUCCAGUGCGCGGACCGAGCAGGUACAAAGUGGCACCGAUGACAGAGAAGCUCUCAGACCUGAAGAAGAGACUCAAACCUCCGCAGGCUCUGGAGGCGUUAAAUAGCAGCAUGGCUAUGUGGAACCGACCUCGCUGUGGCGUACCAGACUACCCCUCCCAGGAAGUCCAUUACAGGGGCCGACAGAAACGGUUUGUCCUGUACGGCGGUCGCUUGGACAAAACAGACCUCACCUACAGGGGCGUCAGAUUUCCCUGGAGGAUGCACCAGGACAAAGUACGACAUGUUUUACAGGAAGCGCUGAAGAUCUGGAGUGACGUCACACCGCUCACCUUCACCGAGGUCCACGGAAAGGCCGACAUCCGCAUCAACUUCAGGAGGUACUGGCAUGAAGACACCCUUCCCUUUGACGGCCCGGGGGGAUUCUUGCUCACAGCCUUCUUCCCCAAAACACACCGACAGGGAGAUAUCCACUUUGACGACGAUGAGUCGUGGACCAUCAACAAUCUGCUUUCCCCUACAGGCACGGACCUUCUCCAGGUUGCUGCCCAUGAGUUUGGGCACGUCCUCGGCCUGCAGCAUUCCCGCGAGCCAGGAGCCAUCAUGUCUGCCUACUACUACUCCUUUUCCUACCCAUUGAGGUUGAGCGAGGAUGACAAGCAAGGUAUCCAGUAUCUGUACGGAGCUCAUCCCAAAGUUCUGCCCUCACCUCCACCACCGUCCAACCCCGAGACCAACGAGAUCGUCCCUCAUCCCGACGCCUGCCAGACAGACUUUGAUGCGGCGUCUAUGAUCCGAGGCGAGCUGUUCUUCUUUAAGUCUGGCUACGUGUGGCGGAUCAGGGAUGGGCGUCUGGAGAGCGGCUACCCGGCUCUGGCAUCCCGGCACUGGAGGGGGAUUCCAGACAACAUUGAUGCUGCCUUUGAAGACCAGUCGGGGAACAUUUGGUUCUUUCAAGGAGAAAACUACUGGGUGUUUGAUGCUGAGAUGCAGAUCAGAGGGCCGGACUCCAUCAGGAGUCUGGGUUUGGCCGUCUCCGGCAUCCAGGCAGCUUUACGUUGGGGCCACGACUCCAACUACAACACCUACUUCUUCAAGUUGGGCAGCUACUGGAGGUUCAGCCCGCGGGAGAACAGAGUUGAGUCCGUGUAUCCGCGCAGCAUGCACGACUGGAGCGGAAUCCCUGAAAGCGUGGACGCUGCUUUCAAAGACGUAUACGGUUACGCCCACUUUAUUCAAGGACAGCAGUACUGGAAGUUUGAUCCUGUCAGCAGGAACUCUCUAGAGGGCUACCCUCGCUACAUCGGCAUGGAUUUUUUCGAAUGCCGGAACAUAUGAGUCUUGAGGAGCAGCAGAUUUUUGUUUUUGUUUUGUUUUUCUGGCCAUGAAGAAGUGUUUUUCUAACGUUUGCUGCAGAUUCAAAGGGAUCAGAUGAGAAACCUUUAAACCUGCUGAUACGUCACUCCAUGUAUUGAUAACUUUACUCCAUGUAUUGAUACUCUGAUCAGUUAUUUCUUCCUCUCAGGAAAACCAACAUUACUUUUCUGACUUGGCACCUCCUGUGCAGCUACACUCAGAUUUACUUUGCACAUUUUGUCAGCGUUAAGACUGAAGUCAGGGUCCAGUAAACCCAACGUGACCUGCAGCAUCUUCAGCUCCUCUGAUUUUCAACACUGCUGCUUCACCAUUUAACUCCCCGACUUGUUCUUUAAUCACAACGUGUUUGAAGAGUGACAUCAAACUGUACAUUAAUAAAUACUUAAUAAAUUAAUAAAUAAAACAGGUGACGUUUGAGGAGGGGGUCGUUUGGGCGUCAUAUAUAUGCAGUUGGAUGAACCCAAGUCUGAUUGAUUGUUAGCAGGAUAACUCAAAAUCUAAUUAACAGAAUUUAUUGAAUCUUUGUAGAAGCUGCAUGGGCCAAAGAGCGCAGUAAAUUUUAAUGUGGCUCAGGAUGAAAGGUCAGUGACCAAGAUCAGAGAUAAAGAUCACCAAUCAACCACAUGAUCAAAGAUUAGUGUUUUGGAUGAAAGUUCAAUGACCAAAAUCAAAUAUUAUCAGUAUCAACAUACACCAGUCAGAAUCAAAUACAGUUCAUGAGGAUCAAAAAAAUCUGUAAUCAGGAUCAAAGGUCAGCAAACAGGACUAAAGGACCAAAAGCAGUGCUCAUAGCCACCUUUCACUGACCUGGCUCAAAUACCAGUGGUUUUGGUUUGGUACAGUCAGAGGUCAGUGAGCAGGAUCAAAGAUAAAGAUGAAAAACAGGACAGUGAUCCAUGAUUAGCAAUUGGGGUCAUAGUUCAGUGAUUGGGAUCAAAUACUAGUGGUUAGUAUGAAAGGUUAAUCAUGGUAACCAAAAACAAGGAUUAAAAAAAAAAAAAACAGGACCAUGAGCUAAACUAAGCACUCAGGGGCAUAGUUCAGUGACUGGGAUCAAAUACUAGUGGUUAGUAUGAAAGGUUAAUCAUGGUAACCAAAAACAAGGAUUAAAAAAAAAACAAAAAAAAAAAACAGGACCAUGAGCUAAACUAAGCACUCAGGGGCAUAGUUCAGUGACUGGGAUCAAAUACUAGUGGUUAGUAUGAAAGGUUAAUCAUGGUAACCAAAAACAAGGAUUAAAAAAAAAACAAAAAAAAAAAACAGGACCAUGAGCUAAACUAAGCACUCAGGGGCAUAGUUCAGUGACUGGGAU